GUCUCUUCUGUGUCCUUUUCUCUCUGUUCUGAAUUGUAGUGUAACAUAACACAGUGAUGAGAAGGUAGACCCAUGCAACAAAUUUAUAAAAAUGUGGAAAUGCAUAUUCGCGAGGACCUUAUGGAAAACGGGCGUUCUCCUGCUUCUUCUUUGUCCGCCACUCGUCAGAGGUAUCAGUCUCUCGCCGUGUGGUGCUGACGGAGUUCAGGAAAUACUGUCUGACCAAGAAACUCACUUCAUUUGCACAAGUGAGAAGGCAGCUCAAUGGAAACUACAUACACGCGAACAAAUCAUUUUAGCACAAUAUGACAAGGAACUCGAACAGUUGGAAACAUUUAACGAACUUUUCGUUGGGAGGAUUAUUGAUGCUCACAGAUCAAGUAUGACCAUCAAGCCUGUGAACAACGCAAGGGUAUACGAUAAUAUCAAGCUUCUGAACGGCAGUCUGGAGUGUAGUCUUACAGGUGAAGACAACCAGUCAGCCAGCUGUGGUCUCAACUAUGUCUAUCCACCACAAGACGUGUCGUGCACAGCAGUAAAUUCCUUGUGGUCAGUCAGUGUGUCCUGUUUCAUCAAGUCUGUAUAUUCUUCGCGGAAAAACUAUACAUGUCAGCUGAUCCUCUUGAAAGAUAAGUUAAAGAAUGAAACCUUGGAAAGUGUCUCAAUGGUGACAUCCCCAACCAGCGAGAAGUUCACUAAGAGUGAAGUGAAGGUCUCAGGCUCCUGUGUGUUCAGCACAACCCUCCCACCAGAGGAAGGAACCUAUGAAUUUUUUGUGUCUGUCUCACCAGGCGGACGUCAUUUUGGAACCAGUGACAUGCUGUUCACAGCUGAACCAGCCAAGUCACCAACCACAUCCUGUGAACCACAGCCCUACGUACUAGAAAACACUAACAUCACAUGUACCUGUAGAAUCACUAGUCUGGGACAUCCUGCAGGGUACCUGCGAUGGACCAGAGGUAAUCAGACUAACAAGGAGACGUUAGUCAAAGAAGUUUCCACACCACAAGCACUGAGCCAUACUCAGCUCCUGACUCAGUCAGACCACAGUAAGACCUGGUUCAGAUGUGAUGUCUUGUGGGGAACCAAGGAGAUUUUGGGAGAGAACUACACGGCUAAUGUGGGAUGUAAGUGAAGAAUUGUUUGAAUGUUUUGUUUUAUGUUUUAGAGUAGGUCAUGC